AAGGGUGAUGAGGAAGACUAUAUAAAUUUACUAAAAACCUCGCUCAUAAAUGACACUAAACAAUCCUUUCCGCAAGACUUAUUGGGAAAAAAAUUUUCAAACGAGACAUUUAAAGAAUUUAAAGACGUUGUUAAUUCUGUUAUAAAAGAUCUUGUUAUUAAUGAAGAGUCCAAUUCGUAUCGAAAAAUGCCACCCAAUGUUUUAUCACUUGGCUUUAAGAAGGUGAUUACAAAGGAUUUUAAUUACGGAGCUAUGGUGGAAUAUGAAAAUUCAUGCACGGAUUAUAUUAGACGUUUACCAGCAUUGAAAAGCUUUAUUCUAG